AUGCAACCAACUACUCAAGCUACUCACAAGGACAAUUCUGCUGAAAAGCAAGAUAACUACAUUGUUAAGGGUUUAUUCUGGGAUCCAGCCUGUGUUAUUGCUUAA